UCAUCAUCGCAGCAGCAGAGCGCACCUAGGGACUCCUGCUCGUUUUCAUAGACCUCUGCGGUUGUUAUUGAUAAUUUCACGUUUUUCCUGUAAAACUGUUCAAGUGCGGCGUAACACUCGGUAAACAAAUCAAGUGGGAACCCAGAAAAAAAAAGAGGACCUAGACUGAAAAAAGGUUUAGAGUAUUGCAAGAAAACAUGGGGAGAAAGAAAAUCCAAAUUUCUCGUAUUCUUGACCAGAGAAACAGACAGGUGACCUUCACUAAACGUAAGUUUGGUCUGAUGAAGAAGGCAUACGAGCUGAGCGUGCUGUGUGACUGCGAGAUCGCCCUCAUCAUCUUCAACAGCACCAACCGUCUGUUCCAGUACGCCAGCACUGACAUGGACAAAGUGCUGCUGAAAUACACCGAGUACAGCGAGCCGCAUGAGAGUCGCACCAACACUGACAUAUUGGAGACGCUGCGCAGAAAAGGCCUCGGUCUGGACAGCUCAGAGCUCGACAGUGAGGAGAGCGUGCAGACCACAGCAGACAAAUAUCCUGGCAGCGACAGCAUGGAUCUUUCUGUGGCACGCCAGCGCUUCUGUCCUCCCUCUCUGCUGCCACCAGAGACUCAGUUCCUCGUGUCCGCCGGUUGUGAGAACGGUUUCCCCAACUCCUUGUCCAGCGCAGCCCCCCACAGACCCACCGGGUUUAAAGCUUUGAGCUCUCGUCCGGGAUCUGCAAGCCCCGCCGCACCACAUGCUGCGUUCAUGUCACCACAUGCAGGCAUUGGCUACUCCAUGUUCUCCCAUGGCAACCUGAACCGAGCUCUGGACAUGAAAAGCCCUCCUCCUAUGAACCUGGGCAGCGAAAACCUGCGAGCAGAGGCUACUAAUCAGGCCAUGGGAACCACAAGAGCAAACCACAACUCUGCUAGGAGUCUGUUAUACCAGGGCCUGAGCAGCGGCAGUUCUAUGGUGGCGAUGGGUAAAGCGGGGCUCCUGAGUCACAGUUUGGGGGGCUACGGCAUUCCCUCUGCUGGAGCUUCUGAGUACAGCCAACCUGGUUUCUUUCACUCUGUUAGUUUACAGCGAGGAACGGUGAAUCCCUGGCACCAUGAGUCCCAGGGGCCUCAUAUAAGCUCAGGGAUGACCAGUGGGGGGUGUGCCUUCCCAUCUCAGUCUUGCUCCUCAAACUCUCCACAUCUGCCCUCCUUGAACCUCAGCAUCAAAUCAGAGCGAAGCUCACCUGACCACAUGUGCUCUCCAUCCUCUCCUCAUCUGCACCACCUCAGCCAGCAUUCUCCAGCAAGCAACCCUGAUUUACCUUGCCAUACUCCUCCAGAUGCCUGCCCCGCCAGUAGAACAAAGGAGCUUCCCAAAGCUGACUACCCACAAGGUGGAGAGGAGAGAGGACAGCCUCUCAGGCAGCUGGAGAUGAGCGGAGGCUGGCAAAGAUAGCCAUCUGCUGCAACCUGCCACCACCUCCCGUUCAACCGCUGCCAAACAAAACCAGAUGGGGUCGAGAUGAUUCCUUGAACAUCUCGAUGAGGGAUGCCCCUCUUUGUCUCCUCUCGCAGAGCUGGGCUCUCCAGAAAAGAAAUCCUCCCUUCAGUCACAUGCUUGAUCCCAUGAGGAGAUAGAUGCGUAAAUACUUUUUUUUGUUUAGAUGUCUCUGUGUUGAAACAAAAUACAGUUUAAUUAUGUUUUUUUGUUUUGUUUUGUUUUGUUUUGCAGCUUUCGAAAAUAAAUAGAGCGGAACAGAAAGACCA